CAACCGGUGCCAGAACACGGGGCCGGCCUUCCUGCAGCUUCUUCCGCUCGCCGGCUGCGGCGCCUGGGACGGUUGCGGUGGGUCUGGGCGCUGGGAAGUCGUCCAAGAUGAUUAAAAAAUUCGACAAGAAGGACGAAGAGUCUGGUAGUGGAUCCAAUCCUUUUCGGCAUCUGGAGAAGAGUGCUGUCUUACAGGAGGCUCGUAUAUUCAAUGAAACACCUAUCAAUCCAAGAAGAUGUUUGCAUAUUCUUACAAAGAUUCUGUAUUUACUGAACCAGGGUGAACACUUGGGAACUAUGGAAGCCACAGAAGCCUUCUUUGCAAUGACUCGAUUGUUUCAGUCUAAUGAUCAAACAUUGAGAAGAAUGUGCUACCUUACUAUCAAAGAAAUGGCCACCAUCUCUGAGGAUGUGAUAAUUGUCACAAGCAGUCUGACUAAGGACAUGACUGGAAAGGAAGAUGUGUACCGAGGCCCAGCCAUCAGGGCUCUCUGCAGAAUCACUGAUGGAACAAUGUUGCAGGCCAUUGAGCGGUACAUGAAACAGGCCAUUGUGGAUAAAGUCUCCAGUGUAUCCAGUUCAGCCCUGGUGUCUUCCUUACACUUGAUGAAAAUAAGCUAUGAUGUGGUUAAGCGCUGGGUCAAUGAAGCCCAAGAAGCUGCUUCAAGUGAUAAUAUUAUGGUCCAGUAUCAUGCAUUGGGAGUCCUGUAUCACCUUAAAAAGAAUGAUCGCCUUGCUGUUUCUAAGAUGUUGAAUAAGUUUACUAAAUCUGGUCUCAAAUCCCAGUUUGCUUACUGCAUGCUGAUCCGAAUUGCCAGUCGCUUACUAAAAGAAAAUGAUGAGGGCCAUGAAAGUCCACUCUUUGAUUUCAUUGAGAGCUGCUUGCGAAAUAAACAUGAAAUGGUUAUUUAUGAAGCUGCUUCAGCUAUCAUCCAUCUUCCUAACUGUACUGCAAGGGAGUUGGCACCUGCAGUCUCAGUUCUUCAACUUUUCUGUAGCUCUCCUAAGCCAGCUUUGAGAUACGCGGCUGUGAGGACCCUGAACAAGGUGGCGAUGAAGCAUCCCUCUGCUGUUACUGCCUGCAAUCUGGACUUAGAAAACUUAAUCACAGACUCAAACAGAAGCAUUGCUACCCUGGCCAUUACUACCCUCCUCAAAACAGGAAGUGAGAGCAGUGUGGACAGGCUCAUGAAGCAGAUCUCCUCUUUUGUGUCUGAAAUCUCAGAUGAGUUCAAGGUGGUGGUUGUACAGGCAAUUAGUGCUCUCUGUCAGAAAUACCCUCGAAAGCACACUGUUAUGAUGACUUUCCUCUCCAACAUGCUCCGAGAUGAUGGAGGCUUUGAAUAUAAGCGGGCCAUUGUGGACUGCAUAAUCAGCAUUGUGGAAGAGAACCCUGAGAGUAAAGAAGCAGGCCUAGCUCACCUUUGUGAAUUCAUUGAGGACUGUGAACACACUGUUCUGGCUACUAAGAUUCUACACUUGUUGGGCAAAGAGGGCCCUAGAACGCCUGUCCCGUCCAAGUAUAUCCGCUUUAUUUUUAAUAGGGUCGUCCUGGAGAAUGAGGCUGUCAGAGCUGCUGCUGUGAGUGCUUUGGCUAAAUUUGGAGCUCAGAAUGAGAAUCUUCUCCCAAGCAUCCUUGUACUCUUACAAAGGUGUAUGAUGGAUACUGAUGAUGAAGUACGGGACAGAGCUACCUUCUAUCUGAAUGUGCUGCAGCAGAGGCAGAUGGCACUGAAUGCUACAUAUAUCUUUAAUGGCCUAACAGUCUCCGUACCAGGGAUGGAAAAAGCCUUGCGCCAGUACACGCUGGAGCCUUCAGAAAGGCCCUUUGACAUGAAAUCUAUUCCUCUUGCUAUGGCUCCUGUUUUUGAACAGAAAGCAGAAAUCACACUUGUGGCUACUAAGCCAGAGAAGUUGGCCCCAUCCAGGCAAGACAUUUUCCAAGAACAACUGGCUGCCAUUCCUGAGUUUAUGAAUCUAGGACCCUUGUUUAAGUCUUCUGAGCCUGUUCAACUCACAGAAGCAGAGACAGAAUAUUUCGUUCGUUGUGUCAAGCACAUGUUUACCAAUCACAUUGUGUUCCAGUUUGACUGUACCAAUACUCUUAAUGACCAGCUACUGGAGAAAGUGACAGUGCAGGUGGAACCAUCCGAUCCCUAUGAAGUCCUGUGUUGCAUCCCAGUCCCCAGCCUUGCUUAUAAUCAACCAGGAAUAUGUUACACUCUUGUCCGCUUACCUGAUGAUGACUCUACAGCAGUUGCUGGCACCUUUAGCUGCACCAUGAAGUUUACUGUCCGGGACUGCGAUCCUGACACUGGGGUUCCAGCUGAGGAGCAGUAUGACGACGAGUAUGUGCUAGAAGACCUUGAAGUGACUGUAUCUGACCACAUUCAGAAGGUCCUAAAGCCUAACUUUGCUGCUGCCUGGGAAGAGGUGGGAGACACCUUUGAGAAAGAGGAGACGUUUGCCCUCAGUUCUACUAAAACUCUUGAAGAAGCUGUCAGCAACAUCAUUGCAUUUCUGGGCAUGCAGCCAUGUGAGAGGUCAGACAAAGUACCUGAGAACAAGAAUUCCCAUUCCCUCUAUCUGGCAGGUGUAUACAGAGGUGGCUAUGAUUUACUGGUGAGGUCCAGGCUGGCCUUAGCAGAUGGAGUGACCAUGCAGGUGACUGUCAGAAGCAGAGAGGGAACACCUGUAGAUGUUAUCUUGGCCUCUGUUGGAUAAGUUUGUACUGGGCAAGAUGAAGUUGAUGUACACUUCACCAUCAGUGGGCUUUUAGCUAGUGGCGUGAAUAUUAAAGAUUAUGACUUUGGAAAAGCAAAUUAAAUGUUUGGCCCUGAGCCAGCAGAUCAAGCAAAUCUGUCCUUGUGCAUGUCUUAUCUUUAUUAUACUUGGUCGACUUUGGUAUGAUAGUACAGCUUUGGGUGAUCUUGAAAAUCACAUACUACCUUAUACCCCAGCUGCUUAACUUCACAUUCUUUAAUUUAAUGUGUGUCUGAAAGCUCCUGGCAAUGUUGGAAAGCUUUUAUCCCAAUGGGGUGGGGGGGUGGGGGGGGCAGCCAGAGUCCACUUUUGUCAAAAUUUUUUAUUAAUAGAAAAUAAACACUUAUUCCAGUUUGUUGUUAUACUUGAAAAGAUGCUAAUAAAAAAAAUGAAUUUAAAAUAAUCACUUAAUCCCGUUUUGACUAAAAGUAUUCAGCACCAUUUGCUCAUAGGCCUUUCAGAAUUUGUUCUUAAGGUUUCUGGAACUUUCCUGUCUGAAAAUAACAGGAAUGGCUGAGCUACAUGAAUGAGGAAGACUCUCUGAGACAACCAAUGAGAAGUUAAGCAGUCAUCAUAAAAGGAAUCAAUGUACACGCGGCCUGGUAACUUACACUACACAAUGAUCCCCUCCCCUCCACGUUAGCUCAGGAGGGACAUGCUUCUGAACUUGAGGUACGAAGAAGCAGACUGUUAGCUGCUGUUGGAAUUGGUCUUUUCAGCCAGUAACAGUACAUCUCUGGCACAGAUGCUAUUGGUCCUUAAUGUCCUGUGAUUUUAGGAAAUUUGGAUUUAGUUUAAUUUAUUCAGAAAUUCAACAUGUUGAUUCAAGAGUCUGCCAGAGUGUCUGCUGGUUUAGUAUCCUUAUAAGAUACACAUAAUAUGUAUAGAUAAAUCAUAAAGCAUACUUAAAGCACUACAUUUUUUUAACCAAAACCUAUUUUAACAAUGUCUAUAAUUAGAGGCAGCUGAUGAAACAACUAAAUCCAAAGUCUGACAAGGGAAACUCACUCUCACUUGAAGCUGUGCUGCUCAGGGAACUUAAAAAAGCAUGUGCCCUUGAAGCCAUUCAAGGAGAGGUAAGGAGGCACUCACUCCCCAUUCUUUGCUAUGUAAUUCCAAUCGGGGUGAGGCCAGAAAUUGGCUUUUCUAAAUAUUUCAGAAAAGUCCACAGAAAUGUUAAAAAGACUUUUAUGCAAAAGAAUGUCUUUCUGCAUCAGUUGAGUUGUAAUGCUCACCAGAAUUUC